AUCUAAGAAGACAAUUGACAACCAAUCAGUCACAUCGAAGGCCACUGAAAUCAGUUCACAGAGUCGUGUGUCUGAGCUGAACAGAAUGAUGUCAUCGGGUGUUCUGAUGAUGCUCCUGUUCUUUAAGCAUGUUACUGCAGACAACUCAGGUGUGACUGUUGCCAAAUCUAUCCAGUUUAGCUGUGGGGGCACACAGUGUCCAGUGGGACAGGACUGUAUCAGUGUUGGUGGAACACUUCGCUGUGCAGACCCCUGCCAGAACUACACAGCACUGAAUGACGACUGGCGUUCCACCACCAACAACAACAACAACCAGGUUAAUGGGGGCUUACACUGCGACCAGAGCAUCAACUUUCAGGGCUGGUAUCGCCUGUUCCUGGGGCACACCAGCGUUCAGAUGCCAGAGAGGUGUGUGGAGAUUAACAUGUGUGGAACCCACGCCCCCCUGUGGCUCACGGAGCCCCAUCCCCAGCUGUCAGACAGGGUGGUUCAGAGGGGCGUCUGUGGGAGCUGGUCUGGUAACUGCUGCUUGUUUAAACAACCUCCCAUCCAUGUCAAAGCCUGCUAUGGAAACUACUAUGUCUACAAGUUGGUUCCUGCAAUAAACUGCAACUUGGCCUACUGUGCAGACGUCAACACCAAGGUGUGUUCUACCUGUAGAGAUGAUGACACCUGUAGGAGUGAGGAUAAGAUCACCUGGAGGUGUGAGAGGAAAGCCCCUACACCUACACCCCCUCGGAUAACUGUUACCACCACCAAUCCUCCUAUCAUGGCCCCAGAGGUGGUGUGUGGGCAGAGCAUGAUACAGGUGGGUCUAAACAGGGCUAACCUGAGGGCCGCUGGUCUGAACGCUUCCACAGCUCACCUGGCCGACUCUAGGUGCUCCGCCCACGAGGAUCGUAACGGCACGGUGUGGUACCAGGUGGAGCGCAGGGAGGGACGCUGUGGAAAUACUCUGGAGACUAACACCACCCAUGCUGUCUACUCCAACAGCUUAUUCGUUUAUCCAGUAGAUGGGAGGAAUGACUCUCUCUCCCGACCCGUGAGCUUUCCUCUCUCCUGUGUCUAUCCUCUGGGGACAGAGAGCAGUCUGAAUGUGGCCAUCAGACCCUACCUACUGAAUAGUCGUGGAGCUGUUGGAGUCGGUGCCAAGGCCAGAGCCUCCAUGUUUCUGUAUCGUAACUCAAACUACACAGAGUCUUACCCAGCUGGUGAAGUCCUCCUGCCGAUUGGUUCCACUCUGCGCGUGGGCGUGUCCGUAGAGGAGUCCGGGAUGGAGCGUUUUGUUGUUGUUCUAAGGGACUGCUAUGCCAACCAAUCCCCCAACCCUGAUAAUCUCCCGCGGACCUACAUGAUUCAGGACAGGUGUCCUACAAAUCGUACCCAGGUGACCGUGGAGGAAAGCGGCUCGUCCCUCAGGGCUCGCUUCUCUGCUGCGUUGCAGGUGGACUACCGUUACUUCUUCCUGCACUGCAGCCUCAGCCUGUGUGACCAGAGGAGCUCCUCCUGCACUCCAGUGUGCUCUGGAAGGAAGUCUCGCUCUGUGUCUGAUACUGUCCUCCUCAAGCCCAUAGCCAUCGGGCCAAUCAGCUGGGCCCAGAGCCUGGAGUGA